CGGGGCCACAGCCUUGAGUGUCAUUCAAGGGACAGCACAACCUCACCCAAGCUCUCCUACCUCUGCCCAGCCGUCCCUCUCAUCCUCCCCCUUCAUCAUCCUCACUCCAUCCAAAGAAGAGGGAAAGCACCGAACAGAAGGGGGAGGAAGGCAAAGUCUGCUCUUCUCACCUCUUGGCCCCCUUGCUCCUGCAUCCUCAUUCUCUCACCACCAACUCCCCUACCCCAGGGGAACCCCUCAGAAGCUGAGGCGACUCACCCCACUGCCAUGUCCAAAAGCUUGAAAAAGAAAAGCCACUGGACUAGCAAAGUCCAUGAGAGUGUCAUUGGCAGGAACCCGGAGGGCCAGCUGGGCUUUGAACUGAAGGGGGGCGCCGAGAAUGGACAGUUUCCCUACCUGGGGGAGGUGAAGCCCGGCAAGGUGGCCUAUGAGAGCGGCAGCAAGUUGGUGUCGGAGGAGCUGCUGCUGGAAGUGAACGAGACCCCCGUGGCGGGGCUCACCAUCAGGGACGUGCUGGCCGUGAUCAAACACUGCAAGGACCCCCUCCGGCUCAAGUGUGUCAAACAAGGAGGAAUUGUUGAUAAGGAUCUUCGUCACUACCUCAACUUACGAUUUCAGAAGGGUUCUGUGGAUCACGAACUUCAGCAAAUCAUUCGUGACAACCUCUACCUCCGCACAGUGCCGUGCACCACAAGGCCACAUAAGGAGGGUGAGGUCCCUGGAGUGGACUAUAUUUUCAUCACCGUUGAAGAUUUUAUGGAAUUGGAGAAAAGUGGUGCUCUCUUAGAAAGCGGGACUUAUGAAGACAAUUACUACGGCACACCGAAGCCUCCCGCAGAACCAGCACCAUUAUUAUUAAAUGUGACAGACCAGAUACUUCCGGGAGCCACUCCAAGUGCUGAAGGAAAACGGAAGAGGAAUAAAUCAGUAAGCAACAUGGAGAAAGCAAGUAUAGAGCCUCCUGAGGAGGAAGAGGAAGAGAGGCCUGUGGUCAAUGGAAAUGGAGUAGUAACACCAGAAUCCAGUGAACAUGAAGACAAGAGUGCAGGUGCCUCAGGGGAGACACCCUCCCAGCCUUAUCCUGCACCAGUAUACAGUCAGCCCGAAGAGCUGAAGGAGCAGAUGGAUGAUGCAAAACCAACUAAACCUGAAGAGAAUGAGGAGUCAGACCCAUUGCCUGAUAACUGGGAAAUGGCCUAUACAGAGAAGGGUGAAGUCUACUUCAUAGACCAUAACACAAAGACAACAUCAUGGCUGGAUCCACGACUUGCGAAAAAGGCUAAACCUCCAGAAGAGUGCAAAGAAAAUGAGCUUCCAUAUGGCUGGGAAAAAAUUGAUGAUCCCAUAUAUGGCACUUAUUAUGUUGACCACAUAAAUAGAAGAACACAGUUUGAAAACCCUGUCCUGGAAGCAAAAAGGAAGCUACAGCAGCAUAACAUGCCCCACACAGAACUUGGAACAAAGCCCCUGCAGGCCCCAGGUUUCCGAGAAAAACCACUCUUCACCCGGGAUGCAUCCCAGUUGAAGGGAACGUUCCUCAGCACAACCCUAAAAAAGAGCAACAUGGGUUUUGGAUUCACCAUCAUUGGUGGAGACGAGCCUGAUGAGUUUCUGCAGGUGAAAAGUGUCAUUCCCGAUGGGCCUGCAGCACAGGAUGGGAAAAUGGAAACAGGUGAUGUCAUUGUCUAUAUUAAUGAAGUUUGUGUCCUCGGACACACUCAUGCAGAUGUAGUCAAACUUUUCCAGUCUGUUCCUAUCGGUCAAAGUGUCAACCUGGUGUUGUGUCGUGGCUACCCUUUGCCCUUUGAUCCUGAAGAUCCUGCUAACAGCAUGGUGCCACCCCUUGCAAUAAUGGAGAGGCCACCUCCAGUGAUGGUCAAUGGAAGACAUAACUAUGAAACAUAUUUGGAAUACAUUUCUCGGACCUCACAGUCAGUUCCAGAUAUAACAGAUCGGCCACCUCAUUCUUUGCACUCCAUGCCAGCGGAUGGUCAACUAGAUGGCACGUAUCCACCACCCGUCCAUGAUGACAAUGUGUCUAUGGCUUCAUCUGGGGCCACCCAAGCUGAACUUAUGACCUUAACCAUUGUGAAAGGUGCCCAGGGCUUUGGCUUCACUAUUGCCGAUAGUCCUACAGGACAGCGGGUGAAACAAAUACUUGACAUUCAGGGAUGCCCUGGCCUGUGUGAAGGCGACCUCAUUGUUGAGAUCAACCAGCAGAAUGUACAGAACCUGAGCCAUACAGAAGUAGUGGAUAUACUUAAGGACUGUCCCAUUGGAAGCGAGACUUCUCUGAUUAUCCAUCGAGGAGGUUUCUUUUCUCCAUGGAAAACUCCAAAGCCUAUAAUGGACCGAUGGGAAAAUCAAGGCAGUCCUCAAACGAGUUUAUCUGCUCCGGCCAUACCGCAGAACCUGCCCUUCCCACCCGCCCUUCACAGGACUUCCUUUCCUGACUCAACAGAGGCCUUUGACCCAAGGAAGCCUGACCCAUACGAGCUCUACGAGAAAUCUAGAGCGAUUUAUGAAAGUAGGCAACAAGUGCCACCAAGGACCAGUUUCCGAAUGGAUUCCUCUGGUCCAGAUUAUAAGGAACUGGAUGUUCACCUUCGCAGGAUGGAGUCUGGAUUUGGCUUCAGAAUCCUCGGGGGGGAUGAGCCUGGGCAGCCGAUUUUGAUUGGCGCUGUCAUUGCCAUGGGUUCAGCCGACAGAGACGGCCGCCUACACCCAGGAGACGAGCUGGUCUAUGUCGACGGGAUUCCAGUGGCUGGCAAGACCCACCGCUAUGUCAUCGACCUUAUGCACCAUGCAGCUCGGAACGGGCAGGUCAACCUCACUGUGAGAAGGAAGGUGCUAUGUGGAGGGGAGCCCUGCCCAGAGAACGGGAGGAGUCCAGGCUCCGUAUCAACCCACCACAGCUCUCCACGCAGUGACUACGCAGCCUACACCAACAGCAACCAUGCCGCCCCCAGUAGCAAUGCCUCUCCGCCCGAAGGCUUCGCCUCCCACAGCCUGCAGACCAGUGAUGUGGUCAUUCACCGCAAAGAGAACGAAGGCUUCGGCUUUGUCAUCAUCAGCUCCCUGAACAGACCUGAGUCCGGAUCCACUAUCACUGUGCCCCAUAAAAUCGGCCGCAUCAUCGAUGGGAGUCCUGCAGACCGCUGUGCAAAACUGAAAGUGGGAGACCGGAUCUUAGCAGUGAACGGCCAGUCCAUCAUCAACAUGCCUCAUGCAGACAUUGUGAAGCUCAUCAAGGAUGCUGGUCUUAGUGUCACCCUCCGCAUCAUCCCUCAGGAGGAGCUCAGCAGCCCAGCGUCGGCACCCAGUUCAGAGAAGCAGAGCCCCAUGGCCCAGCAGAGUCCUCUGGCCCAGCCGAGCCCAGCCACUCCCAACAGCCCUGUUGCCCAACCAGCUCCUCCUCAGCCACUUCAGCUGCAAGGACAUGAAAAUAGUUACAGGUCGGAAGUGAAAGCAAGGCAAGAUGUGAAACCAGACAUCCGACAGCCUCCAUUCACAGACUACAGGCAGCCACCGCUGGACUACAGGCAGCCCCCAGGAGGGGACUACCAGCAACCCCCACCCUUGGACUACAGGCAGCCUCCCCUGCUGGACUACAGGCAGCACUCCCCUGACACCAGGCAGUACCCUCUGGCAGACUACAGGCAGCCCCAGGAUUUUGAUUAUUUCACUGUGGACAUGGAGAAGGGCGCCAAAGGGUUUGGAUUCAGCAUUCGUGGAGGAAGGGAAUACAAAAUGGAUUUGUACGUGUUGAGAUUGGCAGAAGAUGGGCCAGCAAUAAGAAACGGAAGGAUGAGGGUAGGAGAUCAAAUCAUUGAGAUCAAUGGGGAAAGCACAAGAGACAUGACACACGCCAGAGCAAUAGAACUCAUCAAGUCGGGAGGAAGAAGGGUCCGUUUGCUGCUGAAGCGCGGGACGGGGCAGGUCCCGGAGUAUGACGAACCCAACUGCUGGAGUUCUCCCGCUGCCGCCUCCCCAGGUCUGCCGGAAGUAGGCGUCUCCCUCGAAGACGUCCUCUCUCCAUUCUCUCCAUCACAUCCAGCCCCACCCUCCGACCCUUCCCACCAGAUAGGCCCAGACCCAACUUGGGAUAUCAAAAGGGAACACGACGUUAGGAAACCAAAGGAGCUUUCAGCCGGCGGCCAGAAGAAGCAGCGCCUCGGGGAGCAGAGGGAGCGCUCGGCCAGCCCGCAGAGGGCCGCUCGGCCGAGGCUCGAGGAGGCGCCAGGCGGCCAGGGGCGGCCCGAGGCCGGCAGGCCCUCCUCGGAGGCCAGGGCGCCCGGGCCCGCGGCGGCGGACGCGGCGGACGCGGCGCGGGCCGGCGGGAAGGAGGGGCCCCGCGCCGCGGUGGGCCCCGAGCUCGGCCGGCGCGAAGGCCCCGGGGCUGCGCCCGCGUUCGCGGGCCCGGGCCGUGGCGGUGGCGCUGAUCGCCCGUGCGCGCGGGAGGCCGAGGCAGGGGCGGGCGCGCGCUCGGCCCCCGGCAGUGUCGCGCGGCCCCCGGGGGGCGCCCCCGCGCGCAAAGCCGCCGUCGCGCCGGGGCCUUGGAAAGUGCCCGGCUCCGACAAGCUGCCGGGCGUUCUGAAGCCCGGCGCCUCGGCUGCGGGCAGAUGA